GCUUCUUCUCUCCUCCCCAAAGACCCUUCGUCUGUCUUCCGUUGGUCGAACAUAACCGAUCCCCCCACGAGACGUCGUCUCGUGGACCACUGUCAUCGCCCGUCUCGCCCGGCGCAGCCUUCUACCCGACGCGGCCGCUGCUUUCUCUCGCAUGCUUGCCACCGGCAUCUAGCCCAACCAUGUCACGCUCGUCACCCUCCUCUCCGCCUGCGCCGACUUCCCGUCGUCCCCCUAACGCCCUACCUCUGGGCCGCGCCCUCCACGCCCACGCCCUCAAGUGCCGCCCCACCCCCGGCCGCUGCGGCGGCGAUCACGAGCCGCCUGUCCUCGCCAUUGCUCUCGUCGACAUGUAUGCGAAGUGCGGACAGGCGGAUCUGGCCCGCGGAGUGUUCGAGCGAAUGCCCACUAGGAACUUGGUCUCUCGCAACACUAUGAUCGCCGAGUACAUGAGGAAUGGCGAUGUUGAUCAGGCUAUCUCUAUGUUUAACGAAAUGCCAAAAAGGGACAGGGUGUCUGGGACGGCAGUGAUCGAUGGUUUCAUGGAAUUUUGCUCAUCAACUGUUUGAACGAAUGCCUAACAGAACUGUGGUUUCAUGGAAUUCAGUGAUUGCAAUCAAUGGGUGCUGCAGGGAGGCUCUUGAGCACUUUGAUAUGAUGCAGAGGGGAGGGUUUGAGCCCGAUGGUGUCAGUUUUGCGGGUGUGCUUGCUGCCUGCAGCCAUGCAGGUUUGGUAGAUGAAGGUUUCAUGUACUAUGAUCUCAUGAAGAAAGCUUAUGACAUUCCUAUGAGGGUUGAGCACUAUGGAUGUGUGGUGGAUCUGCUUGGCCGAGCUGGGCGGUUGGAGGAGGC